CACCUAGCUUCAUCCUCAACCUUUCUCCUCCUCCCUUCUGUCUUCAUCUCUUUCCUUUCUUUGCUUCUUUAAACCAGCUUCGAGAUUUUCGCCGUCAACAAUUCAAAACCAAAACUUUCACUUCUUCCCUCAUAAAAUCCCAAUUAGGGUUUUUCCCAGAUCAUUUCUAUAUCUACGUAAUAUUAAGUUUCUCUCCCUCUCGGAUUUCCCGGGAAACUUUUUUUGAAGCCGAGGGGGGGAAAUCCUAGUCUCAUAAAUGUUGUUUUUGCCUAGUCAAUGGUUUCGUGUCCGAUUUCGAUAGAGGGAAAAUCAAAAUGUCCUCUUCAUCACGAGGAAUAUAGAGUGGCAACCUUUUGGAAUGUCAAAGUAAUUCGAUUUUGACAUUGCAAUUCGCUUGUUACUUUGCCUGAGACGGUGUUCGGAGGCUAAGAAAGAGAGAUAUGGACGACGAAGAAAUGAUGGAGUUUGUUAAGGAGGCUUUCGAGGGUGAAGAAAUUGACAUGGAUUAUGAGUUCGACGCGCCUAGGUUCUAUGAUUUUACAACGCUUGAAACCGAUUGGGAGGCUGAAGUGGCUGAAGAUUGGUUCAGAUACGCCGGAAGUUAUCCUUCGUCUCCUUUUAUCGUGAGAUUGUUGAAUUGGCACAAAGGCAAUUCUCUUGAGGAAACAACGGACACCUCUGCGGAAUUCAAAGAUGUUGAAUGCAUUAAAUGUGCUAGCAUCGAGUCGAAGAAUAGCAUGGAAGCUGAGGGUUCUUCAAUAGAAGAUGAUAGUAACGGAGGAGUAAAAUGCUCUAAUAAAAUGGAUCAAGAUACUCUAAAAGCUAAAACCAAGUCCUCGGUCAAGUCACCAUCCAUAUCAAGGAGUUCAACUUUGAUGAAACCCACAGCGAGUCAAUUAGCCAAGGCAAAACAGCGUCGUCAUGAAGUUCGACAAUCUCACUCCAAUCGAUUAUCGAGGAGGCUUGAGAAGAAGCUAGGGAAAGUCGCGGAGAAUUCACCGAGUUCUCCAUUAUUCGAUAGUGUAGCAACUAAAAGACAGAAGUUGGAGGCUGGCUAUGUGCGGAAGGUUUCUCAACUUACGCAUCAACCUCUUUGGUUACACAAGUCGCCAAAAAAGGUUGGAACUGCUGUAACGUCACCAAAUGGUAGACCUAAAGUCACCAUUCCUAGAGAACCAAACUUGGAAACAGCACAAAGGGCACAAAGACGUAGGUAUAAGACUAUUGCGAAAGAUGGAGAACAAGCAAAAAUUAUCAAGGAGCCUCCAUGGACCCUGCCUAAGAAGAGCACACCACAAGCAAAAGAAUUUCAAGUGUUUUAUUUCAGGACAUCACAAAGAGCUAAGCAAAGCACAGUCGAUAAUGUGACAAACACACCGAUUUCUAGUUGUUUAUCACCAACUGAAGCCACAGAGAUUAAAGGAUCAAACUCUGCCUCUGCCAAGAGAGAUAAAUGCAAAGUACUCUCUCUUAAAAAGAAGACAUUGUCAAGUAAGGAAGGAACUGGUGCUAUCCCAAAUCUCAAACAGGAAAGUAGACUACCAAGUCCAAGGGAAUUAAAGUUUGACAAGAGGUUUAUGAAGGAGCCACCAACAGAUUUAUUCAGCAAGCUCUCACUUGCACCUGAAGCCCAUCAUAAUGCAAAUCCUGAGCUUAAAACUGCCUAUGCCUGCUAAGGUUAGAACAUGUUCUAUGGAGCUCAGAAGCUUUACGUUUUUCGUUAGUUGUUGUUAGUUUACACAUGGUUUGUUUUGUUAUGUGAAUUAAGGUCCUAAAUUUAUUCAAAGAUAUCGGACUUGUUCGGUGAAAACAACCAACUACAUAAGCAGAAAUCUCCAAUCUGAAUGUUAGCAUAAUAGCAUUGCAUCAUUUGAAGUUGGUUAGUUUAUGUGGUGCAGUUACAUUAUGCUUGACCCUCAGUCUUGUAGGCAUGUAACUAGAAGUUCACAAUGUUCUGAAAA